AUGAGCAAUAGUACAAUGGGCAUGGGAGCUCCUCCUCCUGGCAGCUUAAUGCAUGGUGGUUCAAAUGGUGGUGGUGUCGGCGGUGGCGGACCACCGGGCGCAAAUGUUUACGGCAAUGGCAAUAAUGGUGGUGUUAGUGGCGUCGGUGGUGUUGGUGGUGGUGGUCAGAGUACGGCUCCUGGUUCAGUGAUCGAUUCGCGGGCCGUUUCUGUGGUUCAACAGCGUGCCCCAAACACGACCAUCACAUGCCAAAGACAAGAGCUUUGCACGAAGACAGCAAAAGGCAGUCAAUGUGGCGAUAAUGAUGACGACGACGACGACGACGACGAUGAUGGCGAUGGCUACGAUGGCUUCGAUGGCGACCACGACAACGGGCUUCUUCUUGGAGCGGCCAACAUACCAUCCGAUAAGUUUGCCAUCAAUUUGAUAGCCCAAAUAAAUGCCGUGAAUAAAAAGAAUUUUGUCAUCUCGCCAACGUUAGUGGCUCAAGCACUAAAUCAUCUUUAUUUUGGUGGUGCUGCGGACAGGGAAUUGGCCAAAGUGUUGAGCCUAGGCAAUGAAAAGGCCACAAAAGUUAUCAAAAAGUACAAGCAGCAACAUGACAAAGCCAUCGGAGCCAAUUUUAAAAUAGCCAAUCAAUUGUAUGUCCCAAUGAAUAUAAGAAUUUCGAGAAAAUUUAAACGAUUAAGCAGAGAUAUGAGAGUGGAUGUGAGUCAAGUUGAUUUCGAAAAUGGCAAUGAAACUACCUUAGAAAUUGAGACGCGAAUUGGUCAACAACUAUCACGAAAAUUACACCACCUGAUUCAAUUGAGUGAUCUUUCGAACGUGUCAACGAGCCUCUUGUCCGUAAGCAGUAUGUACUUUAAUGGCAUUUGGAAGAAUGCGUUUACAUCGGAAUGGAAGAGUCAGUUUACGGCGGUACCUACACAUGGGCCAGCGUCUGUUGUCUAUGUUCCAACGAUGUUUGCUGCUGGAAGAUUUCAAAUAUUCCAUGACCAAAGUGCUCAAGGUAUUUUCAUACCAUUGAAAAAUACAAAAAUUGGUAUGCUCGUUAUUUUACCGCGAUUGGGUAAAUCAACGACAUAUGUUUUGCAGAAUCUGGAAAAGUAUUAUAACAGUAAAUUGGAUCCACCCAGACAAAUGAAUCUGUUUAUACCCAAGUUUCGAAUAAGAUUUGCCACUGGAAUGAAACGUAUCCUUCAAAGUCUUGGCAUCUAUCAACUAUUUAGGGGCAAGAAUUAUGGAAAAACUUUGAGAAGUGACCACAUGGUGGGAGUAAAUGAGUUUAGAACUUUGAAUAUAAUAGACAUCAAGCCUAAACGAUCACUAAUUCAAAUUGAGGAUCCAGAUGAAGAUGAGGAUAGUGUUACAUUUAAAGUCGAUCGACCAUUUGUAUUUCUUAUCAAAGAUGAGCAUACAAUUUAUUCUGCCGGACGUAUUGAGGGUGAGGAAAGCUUUAUUUCAUCAAAAACAAUUGAAAACGAUGAAACGGAAAACAUAAGCUAUGAAAAUGAUGCCUUAUAAGCAUGCAUAAACUGUAACCAAUUGAAGAUUCUAUACCAAAAGUUUCAGUCCAUGGCACAUUACAAUACAAAAUUAAAACCCACACAUAUAAACAUAAA